UACUUGUAAACAUUCCUUAGACGUCAAAAUAAUUUAACAGGAAUAAAAUUAAUUAUCAUGGCAGACGAUAUGGAUUCAGAUGGUGUUACAGAUUCUCCUAAAAAAGGUCCAACAUUAUCAACUUCUACAUCUAGUUUUGAAGCUUUAGAUCCUCAUGAUCCAAAUUUAAGUAAAUUAGCCAAUAAUAUGUUUAGUAAAACGUCAGAAUAUUUAUAUGGAGAGUUAACAUCAACAUUAGAUGACUACAGGUUGCUGGAAAACAUGAAUCGAGCUGUAAUAACAAAAUAUUCUGAUAUGAAACACAUAGCUGUAAAUGUGACAAAAAGUGUAACUGAAUUAAAUGAAAAAUAUGAAGAUUUGGAGCCAUUACUACAACAAAUUGACCAAAUUGAAGAUAGUGUUGUUAAGUUAGAACAAGCUGCGUAUAAAUUGGAUGCAUAUUCCAAAAGAUUAGAGGCAAAAUUUAAAAGCUUAGAAAAGAGAUAAUCAUACAUUGUAUGUUAUGUUAAUUAUUAUAUAUAAAUAUGUUUUUAUUUUAAUUUUAAUAAAUUAUUUAGUUCUUUUUCA